CUCUGCACUGUACCCUCUGGCACUUUAAUGCAGGCCUGUUUGUUUGUUCAUUUGGAUGUAUGUACAGAUACUUCUCUUAUCCAUUAGUUAUAUUUACGGUAGUUUUGUAGCUCAAGCACUUUUUUUUAUUUUUUUAUACACGUGUCUUUAUGACAUGCUCACCAUUUUGAAGUGAAGUUUGCCAUGACAACAUGAACUCACCUUUCCAAGCCGUGCAGUAUUACCCAGAGUUCCCCUUCCCUCAUCGACUGAGGGACCCUACAUCCCGGUUGUCCUGGAGGGACAGCUCGUUCCUCACUGCCAUGGCCCAAAAUCAGUCAGCACAGUCCGACUUCUCCAGCCAAGAUGUGUUUAACCAGUUGUUUGAUAUGCUGGACCAAUCCGCCAUCCAUUCAGUCCAGCCCAUUGAGCUGAACUUCACAGACAGUCCAACUGAUGGGUCCACAGGAAACACCAUUCAGAUCAGCAUGGACUGCAUCACCAUGCAUGAGCCGGAUGAGACGGUCUCUUCACAGUACACAAACCUGGGACUCCUGAACAACAUGGAGAACAUCCAGAGCAGCUCGACCUCCACCAGCCCGUACAACAACGACCACGCUCAGAACAACGUGACCGCCCCGUCACCCUACGCCCAGCCCAGCUCCACCUUUGACGCCCUGUCCCCAUCGCCGGCCAUCCCGUCGAACACAGAUUACGCCGGGCCGCACUCCUUUGACGUGUCCUUCCAGCAGUCCAGCACAGCGAAAUCUGCCACCUGGACGUACUCAACAGACCUGAAGAAGCUGUACUGCCAAAUUGCAAAGACGUGCCCCAUUCAGAUCAAAGUGUUGACCCCGCCGCCGCAGGGAGCCGUCAUCAGGGCCAUGCCAGUGUACAAGAAAGCCGAGCAUGUGACUGAGGUGGUGAAGCGCUGCCCGAACCACGAGCUCAGCCGCGAGUUUAAUGACGGCCAAAUCGCACCUCCGAGCCAUCUGAUCCGAGUGGAGGGAAACAACCACGCCCAGUACCUGGAGGACUCCAUCACAGGAAGACAGAGCGUCUUGGUUCCCUACGAGCCUCCUCAGGUGGGGACAGAAUUUACCACCAUCCUGUACAACUUCAUGUGCAACUCCAGCUGUGUGGGAGGAAUGAACCGGCGCCCCAUCCUCAUCAUCGUCACCCUGGAAACCAGAGAUGGACAGGUUUUGGGCCGCCGCUGCUUCGAGGCCAGGAUCUGCGCCUGCCCGGGUCGAGACAGAAAGGCGGACGAGGACAGCAUCCGCAAGCAGCACGUAACAGACGCAUCAAAGAGCAGUGAGGGUACGAAACGCCGUUAUCGCCAAGUUUCCCACGGCAUACAGAUGUCCACCAUCAAAAAGAGAAGAUCCACCGAUGAGGAGGUCUUUUGUUUGCCUAUCAAAGGCCGUGAAAUUUAUGAGAUUUUGGUAAAAAUCAAAGAAUCCCUGGAGCUCAUGCAGUUUCUGCCCCAGCACACAAUAGAGUCGUACAGACAGCAGCAGCAGAAUCUCCUUCAAAAACAAACCUCCAUGCCAUCUCAGCCCUCCUUCGGCUCCACCUCCCCCACCCCUGGCAAAGUGAACAAACUGCCGUCUGUCAGCCAGCUCAUCAACCCCCAGCAGCGCAACACGCUCACCCCUUCCAGUAUGACAGGAGGCCUCACUGACAUGACUCCCAUGAUGGCCCCCCACAUCCCCAUGAACGCUGACAUGAGUUCACUGAGCCCCACACACGCACUGCAGCCACAGCUACCCCUGGUGCCCUCCUCCCACUGUACCCCCCCUCCUCCCUACCCCAUGGACAGCAGCAUCGCCAGUUUCCUCGUACGACUGGGCUGCGCAGGCUGCUUGGAUUACUUCACAGCACAGGGUCUAAGCAACAUCUACCAGAUUGAGAACUAUAACUUGGAGGACCUGUGCAGGCUGAAGAUCCCUACAGAGUUCCAGAAUAUCAUCUGGAGGGGCAUCAUGGAGCACCGACAGGCCAUGGAUUUUUCCCCCCCUCCUCACAUAGUGCGCACCACCAGUGGAGCCUCCACUGUGAGCGUGGGGGCCGCCGAGGCCCGGGGGGAGCGCGUCAUCGACGCAGUGCGCUUCACCCUCCGCCAGACCAUUUCCUUCCCGCCACGCGACGAGUGGUCCGACUUUUCCUUUGACCUGGAUUCUCGCCGCAACAAACAGCAGCGCAUCAAAGAAGAGGGGGAGUGACUCCCCCCUCCCCACCCCACCCCAACCAGCCCCACCACGUCCCAUACCGUCAUUUCACGAGGAAAACAUUUCAAAUGAAAACCUUCUCAGUGUACACGCUUUGCUGUACAUACGGCCAAACGCACUUAUCUCCAUCCUUGUGCUCCAGAUCCCAGAAGAUGCACAUGAUGUUGUCGAGGAGAGGCGCAUUUAUAGAAAUUUCUUGAGAGCACUUAAGAAAUGCUGAGUAUUUCAUCGUUGCUUAGAUAUUUUUUUGUGUAUUUUAGUAUUCAGGAAUCACCUUCAAGCAUAGCAUGACUGGAAACAGAGGGUUUAUUCGGGCUUACAUUUCUGCUGUGGACCAUAGCAAGUGUAAUUUAGUUUACUUUAUGUUCUUCACUGUUAUGGCCUCAUAUAGCCGGUCAGUUCUUUUGUCUUUUGUUUUUAUGACAAAUGACAUUGGUUUUAUACAUUUAAAGAGUAUUAUGUGACUGGAUCCAUCUUUUUUUUUUGGAUUUCUGCGCGCGUGUGUGUGUACAUGAUGUGCAGGUGGUUGUGAAGAAUGUGUGAUUCAGUGAAUUCAUUUCUUGUAGCCAUUUAAAUAUGUAGGCUUUACAUGACCCAGUGUUUUUACAGUUAAAGGGUAUUGACUGAUCUUUGUAGUAUUGUUUACUGUAAACGUGGGCUUUGAUUUUGGUUUUUUAUGUUUUGCUUUUUUUUUUGGCUGUUUGUCAAGCUCAUGCCAAGUUAGUUUUUUGUUUUUUAUGAAUCAGGACGCCUGUUUGAGGGGAAUGCUUCUUAACGAUGACUACCCAAAGAAACUGAUCAAAAUGUACAUAAAUCUGUAUAGUCUCCUCAAAAGAAGCACCUGAUUUCCCUGUGAACGAAACCGACAUGAUGCUCAUCUGCAGCCAUCAGCCCAAAGCCAGCCCCGUUUCCCAGAUUAUUUUUGUAUAUUGUAUAUAUGUUGCAUUUUAUCAUGGGUAUUUUGAUAUGAAUUUUAAAUAAAUAACCACUUUGCAAUAUUGCAUGUCAACAUC